UCACAGCAUAGAGACGGCGUCCGUCCGACAGCAACCAGGAUGCUCAACAUGGCAACUCGAAGAUUUAGACUGCACAGGGCUAUGAUAUUACUCGUCGCGGUCCAGAUGCUAGACUGGACCCGAAGCGAGGACCCACCGACCAAAUGCCGUUUCGGAGGCGCAGAGUACGACGUAGGCCAAACGUGGCACCCGCGUCUGCAGACACAGGGCACAGUGUUCUGCGUCACUUGCCAGUGUUACCAGGUGUGGCACCACUUGCAGAAUCAUAAGACUUGGCGACCCUGA